UACACAACCUGUAGUGCCUAACACAUUAGAUUCGUUCAGUUAAUUUUGUUGGAAUUAUGUAUUGCCGAGGUUUAACAGAAAUUGAUAACUUGAAUAAUCUUUGAACAGUUGAAACAUUUGUUGUUGUGUGUAGGUAAAGCUUUGUGUAGCUGUGCUUGCCCGUAACGGACGAGGAAGAAACGCUAAGCGAAGUGGUCGUGGAGUGGGGAGCUUAGGUUACGAUGUUUGGCGAAGGUGCAAUGUGGGAUGAUUAUGGAAACAAUAACGAAGACAAGGGCAAGGAAGAACCGCCUGAAAGACUUGUAGUUGAUGUGGAUAUACCACUACUUAAGAUUGAGCCAAUGUCCCCAACUAGGAGUAACUCUUACGAAUCCCUACAGAGUCCAUCACAAUUACCUAUUGUUACCCCACUUAAGUUGAAGGAUCCAAUUAUUCUUCUCGAAAAAUGUGAUAAAAUAUGGGAAACUCUUAAAUUAAUUAAAAAUGUACAAAGUACAGGAUCAGAAAAUACGAUUGAUCAUCCUAUAGACCAAAAAGUAGAUAUGGCAAAUUUGACUGUAUCUUCUUCCGAAAAAGAUCCUUCUUCCGAAAAAGAUCCUUCUUCCGAAAAAGAAGCAUCAUAUAUUAUAUAUCAACCAGUAUUGGGUAAUAAUAACAGCGCACUACCAAAUUUCAAAUUCUCAGUUAAAAGCACCAAAAAAUUAUUUCAUUGCAAUGUAUGCGGCAAAGAGUAUAGUGAAAAUCGAUCCCUUAGAUCCCAUUCACAAAAAAUACAUGGAAUAUAUAUACCGCCUAAACGUAAAUGCAAUAAGUCUAAAUACAAAGAAAUCAGCAGUGAAUGUAUAAAUUCUGAUCUGCACAAUUUACAAACUGCACAACUUACAAAUAGCACAAAAACAAAUGAAAAUAAUUUCCAAGCAGAGAAGAAAAAUAAUCUGUUAGAUAAGGAGAUUGUUCAAACAAGAUAUGGAUAUCGUGCGAAAUGUCCUUUGUGUAAACGUACUAUAACAGAUUUGCAUAGGCAUUUAACUGAAUAUCAUAAAAUAGGGUGUCCAAAUCUUGUUAUGAAAGAGUUAGAAAGUAAUGCACUAGUACCUACAAAGAUUAGUCUUCAGGAUUUAACAAAAGCAAUGGUUAAUACAAUGUCAUUAUCUGAGGUUUCAGAUAACGAGAAUACAAUGAUAUCAGAACAAAUGACUCAAAGUAAGAUCAAACUGAAUGAGAAUGAGAAUGAAAUAUCAAAUGUUGAAAAUGCCUCAGAGAAUUUACAUACAGGAGAAGUUUCAAAAUUCAAAUGUGAAAUAUGCUUUGGAGUAUAUGCCAGUUAUAAUAGUUUUUAUAAACAUAGUCGUAUUCAUAGGAGACGAGGAGAAACUAAAAAUAACUUCAAUGCUUUCAAAUGCCGUUACUUAAAUUCUCCAUUAAAUGCUAAACGUACUGAAUUACUACUGUCUACUUCUGAUUCACAAAACCAAGAAAAAAUUAAAAGAAUUUCAUUGGAUUCUAUUGAAGGUGUAAAUUCACAAGAUCCUGAAUACAAUGGUUACAACAAUAAUAGUAAAACAAGAGCAAGUAAAAAAUAUCUUGAUAGAUCAUGUACAUGUGGAAGAUCAUUUCGUGAGUACCAUACUUUAGUAUUACACAAAAAUAGUUGUAAGUUCAAAGAUACUAGUGAAACGGAGUCCUUUAUGGAAGACAAUCCUGAUCGAGAUUCUGGAAGUGGUAUUAAUAUUAAAAUAAAGAAGAAAAACGAUUCUUAUGAAAUAGUUAACAGAGAUAGUAGUGAUGAAAAUAAAUCUAAGGAUUCUGGCCACCCUUAUGAUUGUGAUACACCAUCAGAUAUUUCAGAUUUUAUUUUUGAAGAUUGUAAUGAAGCAUGUCAAGAAAAUCGUUCCCUGAACGUACAUGAAUCCUCUAAAUAUAGUAAAGAUCAUAGUAUAUUGAAAAUAAAAACAAUUGAUGAAAAUAUUGAUGUUGAUAUAGAGGAAGAUUCACGGAAUAUUUCACUUAAUAAAAGCGAAGAAAACAACCAAAUUAAUAAGAACAAGCAGAUUAAAAAGGUACAGGAACAAAAAGGAAAUGUUGAGGUAGUGCCUACAUAUUUGUGUGAGACAAUUAUGACAGAACAAUCAGAAAUGACAAAUGAUUCAAAUAUUUUAAAAACAAAACAAAAGUCAAUCAAUGCAGAAAAUAGUAGAGAUGUUGUCAAAUCUAAGGAAGAAAAAUCGACUGAAACUAGAAAAGCUUCAGAUCCUUUAAAAAGAAAAAAGGAAAAUGUGAUUAAAAUUGAUAAUCAAAAGUUAUUAUCAAAUACAUCAAUGUAUGUAAACACAAUCUGUCCCUGUGGGGAAUCAUUUCAAACUUUAAGAAGUUGCAAUGCGCAUAUAACAAAAUGUCAUCCAUUAUUUCUCAGAUGUGGUUAUUGUGUAGAAAAAUUUAAUAGCAUUGGCGAAUACAAUAAUCACAGGUGUAAUGUGAAGCAAGGGAAAAAGUUUAGUGAAUUACACACAGAUAUGUCUUGUCCUUUUUGUCAUGCUGUUGUAAGAAACAAAAAUGAAUUUGAUAAACACAUUAAAUAUCAACAUUUUGAUCCAGAAUUACCUUAUCAAUGUCAUGAAUGCACACGAAAAUUUCCUAGUAGUACAGGGUGUCAAUUACACUUUCAAAGGGUACAUGGCAAAUGUAUAUGUAAUGUAUGUGGUACAAAAUUAACUUCUGCAGCAAAAUUUAGACACGAAGGAUAUCAUUAUGGUCUUGGCUUCCCAUGUCACAUAUGUAAGAAGACUCAUUCAAAUCGAAAACAUUUAUUAAAUCAUUACGAAAAUAUACAUGGAGAAAUUGAUAAGUUAAUAACAUGCAGUGUUUGCUUACAACCAGUAAAGAAAAAGUCAUAUAGCUGGCAUAUUUAUUCUCACAAAACUGUAACAGCAUGUAAACUGUGUAAAAAGGUCUAUUGUGAUGCAAGAACUUUAGAACAUCAUAUUAUAUCAUCUCACAAAGGUAAAUAUCCCUGGAUUAAAUGUAAUUUUUGUACCAGGAAAUUUUGCAAUAAAAAAUUACUAGACACCCAUAUAAGAAAAGAAAAAUGUAAUCGUUAUCUUCUUCAAGUUCAAAAGAAAUUAAAAAAAAGUUCAAAAGAUCGUACUUUACCGCACAGUUAGUGUUUUAAGACUAUGUAUUUUUACAAUCUUAAAGCAAUUUUGUUUUCUUUAUAAGAAUAAAAUAAAAUUAGAGUACAUAUAACUUUAUUGCAUUUGGUAAAUUGCUAUGAUAAAAAUGAUUCAUACUUUGAUUUAGACUUAAUAUAAUAUAACUCAUUAUUCAACAAUUUUUAAUAUAAAUAAUUAGUAUCAUUGCCCUGGUUAAACAUAAUAUUGACUGUUUUUAUUUGACUUAGAUAAAUAGAAUAUUGUGAUAUUUGUAAUAUAUAUUUAUAAAUGCUCUUGCUAUAUAAACAUAAUAUGUAGAUAAUAAUUAUAGCUUUUGAAAAAUUCAAUAUACAAAUUUAAAAUAUAAUCAAUAUCAUUAUACUAAAAUAAUGAAUACUAUUCAUUUACACAUUUUAAGUCUAAUUCUUCCAUGUUAGAAAUAUUGUAAAUAUUCCUGCUACAAAAAUAAAUAGUUGUUUAGAUAGCACAAAUGUUGAUUAUUUUUU